AUGCUAAUGGGAUCGUUGAUGAGCUAUGGCAUGGGAUCAAUGUGGGGUGGUCACUCGAUGAUACCAUCAUACGGUGGAGGCCUUGGAAUGGGUGGACUUGGAAUGGGUGGAGGCUAUUAUUCGGACAAUGACACCAAUAUUACGAACAACUACUACAACACUCCAGAUCCAAGUGCAUCAGGAGCCAUCGGUGACGCCGGUCAAUCACAGCCUGCUAUAGAAGAUGUCACCGAUAACCAGGAUAACACGGUCGAUAGUGACAACCCGGUUGAAGAUGACGUCGUAGAUGAUACCGAUGGCAAUCAGGAUGACGCCGUUGAUAAUGAUUACCCGUCCCAAGACGACGUCGUAGAGGACGCUGACGAUAAUCAGGAGGACGUGGCCAACGAUGAUUACCCAGCUGAAGAAGACGUCGUAGAUGAUGCUGACCAGAACGACACCAACCAAGACUACACUAAUGCAGACGACUACGGAUACGGUGGUGACACAGGAAAUGACGGCUACGACUACGGAGGAGAUGACUAUGGCGGUGGCGAUAUCGGAGGCGACGACUUCGGCGGCGGUUUUGACGGUGGUGAUUUCGGUGGAGGAGGAGAUUUCGGCGAUUACUAA